UAAACCCUCUCCCAAUCCAAACAAAACACGAGCAACAGGGUUUUUGGCAGAGAGCAGAAGAAGAGGCGACCUAUAGAGAACGAAGCCCUAACUUCUAUUUGAUUCGAUAUGCAUAAAGAUUCGUGCUCGAUCAAGGCGGUUUUUUGGGACGUUUCAGAACUUUUUUUCUAUGACUUAAAUCAAAACUUCUGUUAAGGUUUUGUGCGAUGGCUUUUACCAAUAAAAUUGGGAGUCUCUUCAAGAAGGCUGUACUGUCCAACCCAUCAAUCUAUCAAGCAAUGCGAUGCAUGUCAUCUUCAAAGCUUUUUGUUGGAGGUCUGUCUUAUAGCACAGAUGAUCAGAGUCUUAGAGAAGCAUUUUCUGGUUAUGGUGAAGUGGUUGAUGCAAGGGUUAUCACUGAUAGGGAAUCUGGCAGGUCAAGAGGUUUUGGUUUUAUAAGCUUCACAUCUGGUGAAGAGGCCUCUGCUGCCAUGACAGCCUUGGAUGGAAAGGAACUCCAUGGGAGAAUUGUUAGAGUUAAUUUUGCUACUGAACGUCGUGCUGGUUAUGGCGGGGGUGGUUAUGGUGGUGGUGGUGGUUUUGGCGGUGGAGGAUAUGGUGGUGGUGGUGGUUACGGUGGAGGUGGAGGUUAUGGCGGUGGGAGUUAUGGUGGCGGUGGUGAUGAUUAUGGCUCUGGAGGUGGUGCUGGCGGUGGAGGUGAUGGGAGCGGUAAUGGAAAAUACAACUAUAAUAAGGGUGGCAGAGAUAAUGAAGAUUCUAAUGAUGAUUUUGAUGAUGGUGAUGACUAUGCAAACAAAAGAGCCUGAUUGAGCAGACUGAAAGAUUAAAGAUGAAGGUGGGUGUUUUCCAGAAUUUAUUUCAAAGCAUUUAUGAAGACUGGUUGAGAAAGAUAAACCAUCUUUAAUCUUAGGUGUUUAAACUAUUCUUAUCUUUAAGUUUCUCUUAAGCUCUUUAUAUAUAUAUUUUUGUCACAAUGUUUUGAGUAGCUCAAUGAGAAUUGAAACAAUUAGGAGUCUUAUUAACCCAUUAUUAAUGUUUGAGUUUUGAAUCGGUUGAUAAAUGACAAGUCUUUUCUGAUUGUUGUAAUUCUGAAGGCCUGUGCAGUGGUGUGUAAGCAUGUGCUGUUUUUUUAAAUCUGAAAAUUUAUGAAA